AUGAAAUUCAUCAUUGCUUUCGCCGCUCUCGUUGCCGUAGCUUUGGCUGCUCCACAAUACAAGGAAGAGAAGGAUGCUUAUGUAGUCAGACAGGAAGUGGAUAACAUUGGUGUUGAUGGUUACAAACAAACUUAUGAGACCAGCAACGGAAUCUCCGCCUCUGAGCAAGGACACGUUAUCAACGCCGGCCAAGAAAACGAAUCUAUUGCCGUAAAGGGUGAAUACAAAUACGUUGGAGAUGAUGGCCAAACCUACACUGUUACAUAUGUAGCUGAUGAGAACGGUUUCCAACCACAAGGAGCUCACAUCCCACAAGCUGAACAUUAA